UCUCGUUCGGACACAUGCCACACACAAUUUCUGUCGUGAUCGUGACGUUGCAUCCCCUUGUGACAUGACUCACUGACCUGCGCCUGAGAUACCGCAACCGUAUCUGUUGUACUGAACGAAAUAGUCGUGCUAGCAUCACUAGGGGCACAAAUUGUUUAUAAUAUUCUAAUAAUGACCGAAGUAAGGAAAGACGACGUUGUGAAAAUUCUUCACACCUAUCCACUUUGUAGAAAAUGUGAUAUGUCUGAUGAAAUGAAGCAAGAAGCAAUGGAGUUAUGCAUGACUGCAGCAGAAAAGUAUGCAGAUAACUAUGAAAGUGUAUCACGAAUGAUUAAGGAAACAAUGGACCAAAAAUUUGGUGCAUCAUGGCAUACCGUUGUUGGAGAAGGCUAUGGAUUCGAAAUAACUUAUCAGCUAAAACACCUUCUAUACAUGUACUGUGCAGGCAAUUUAGCAAUAUGCAUAUGGAAGUCUGCAUAGUGCAUCUUUAAUCACCAUAAUUUUUAAUUAUAUUAUAAAGAUAUUAUUUCUUUAUGUGUAUACACGCAUGCGCGCGCACACACACACACACACACAGAGUACUUAUAAUAUAAGCUGUAAUAAUAAUAAGAAAAACAAUAUUUUUAAUGUCUUGUGGGCGUAAAUCUGUGUAAAAUGUUUUAUACUAUUGUAUCAUUAUAAAUGCAUUGUGUACUGGAAGAAAACCAAAAGAGAUCAUUUAUAUCAUGUGUAUUAUAUGUAACAUAUAUAAUAAACUAAUUUAAACAUA